UGACAGCUAAACUGUCAAACGCUUGCCGAUGUAAACAAAACAAGUUUCGCACCCCGGUGCCGUACAGGAAGCACACGAGAGAACGUAUUUUACCGAUAAAACACCGAAAAUUGGCCAUCAUGACGCUACCCGAGGCGCUUCUGAAGCGUCUUGCCAAGCGUGGCAUCAUACCGGACGGGGCCGGUAAACAAAACACAGCCGGAACGAACGAUUCGCAUCCAGCGAAAGGAGGAGCAGCGUCUACGGCGGAAGGUGACUCGGACCGUGACCACCGGGAGCGUGAUUCCGACGCCACUACCGACCGCGAUUCGGACGACCACGGCGAAAACGACGAUGACGAGGAGGACGAUGAGCUGGACGAGGAGCGCCGUGAGGCGGACGCGGUGAACGAGGAAAUCAUCGCGGAAGACUACGACGAGUACGAUCAGGUGAAUCCGGACUCGUUCGAGUAUGCGGCGAAAAAGAAAAGCAACCCAGCGCAGGACUGGACGGAAAAGAUGAAGCAAAAGAUGACCAAACGGUACGGCUACCAGUCGGUGGAGGCGUGCCAGAACAAGUACAACGUGUACCAUCUCUGCACGAUGUACUGCGUCAAGCGGUACGGGGAGGCGGACUUCGAGAUCGAGAAGGACUACGACAAGCGCGUCAAGCGGCUGCUCGAGCGCUACCCGCUGCCGAAGAACUGGCGCAAGGAGUACGACGUCGGCUGCAAAGCGUUCUACUUCUACAACAAGGACACGCGCAUUGUCUCCUGGCUGCCGCCUACCCAUCCGGAUGCGAAGCUGUCGAAAAGUGCGAAAGUGCUGCGGCGCGAGCUGAUGGAAGAGCAGAAGCAGAAGGAGGCGGCGAGCGAAGCCGUCCCGCCAACGGUUGUGGUGGAAAGCUAUCCACCGGCGGCAGCGCCACCGGCCAAACCGUUGAUCGGGCCGACUAAUACUGGCGCCCAGCUGCCACCGGUACCGCCGGUGGGACUGGAAAAUCUUAAACCACCCGUUGUGAACCCCCCGAAACGACCACCAAAGCCAUCGGGUAGUGGACGGGAAGAUGAGAAGCGAUCGCGCACGUUUUCGUCCGGUAAUGAUGCCGGGAAUGAUACGGGCAUGUCCGAGACGGAUCGGGAUCGUGAAUAUCGAGAGCGUAAUCGAGAUAGAAGGGACCGUGACCGAAGAGAUCGCGAUCGCAGUCCAGCGCCGAGGGGUGAUGACAAUCGUUUCGGCAAUCGCGAUCGAAACCGUGAUCGUGACCGCGACCGGGACCGGGAUCACCAUCACCGUGACCGUCGUCCACCGCGUGGACCCCCCAAAUCCGCCCCACUCGAUCCGAUGGAUCCGGCUGCCUAUUCGGACAUACCGCGUGGCACCUGGUCGGCCGGGCUGGAGCAACCCACGUCGGGAGGCUCGAAGAAGGAAAAGGACGCCGGCAAAAGCAAACACUCACGAGCCGGCGAUGAAGAUACCGACGGUGGACGGGCGGCUGCGGACGGUGACGAUGGGGAAGGUGCCCACGAGGUGCUGAAGAUUUCGGCCGUGAAAGAAUUCCACCAGGAAGACAAUGACGACGAUGAGGAGGCGGAUUGAAUACCAAUAGAUUUUUACCUAUUUCCACCUAUUGUAACGAUAAUGUACGCAUCAGCUCUUGCGUUUUGGAUGCGCAAACGAGCCGCUGUCUUUGGCGCAAUCGAACGAAAUGCAGCUAAAAGGCGAA